UUGCCGUAGAAGCGUUAAAAUUACGUGUCAUGGAAGAGUUGGAGCGGCUGGUCAAAAUGUUUCAAUACAAAGUGUUUGGAACUUUCUUGCUGUUUAUUGCUUGUGUAGUUCAGAAUACAUCAUCCGUGGAUAACACAGUACAAAUGCAACCGCCUAGGUUCAGCAUGCAGCCAUCAUCAUCAAAUAGUAUAGUGAGAGAAGGUACCACAAAAAUUUUGCAAUGCUCAGCAAUAGGAAUACCUCAACCAAUGUAUCGGUGGUUGAAAAAUGGUGUGCCGCUUGGCGAAUACUCUUCAGAAUUAUUUUAUAAGAUACACAAUACCCAGCGGCAAGACGCUGGAGCGUACCAGUGUAUUGCCAAGAACGAUGUCGGUGCAAUUUUCAGCGAAAAGAAUAAUAUCGUCGUCGCCUAUAUGGGCGUCUUCGAAAAUGCUUCUGAGCAAGUUGUGACUGCCGAAUCAGGGAGGGCUGUUAUUUUAGAAUUUCCCCACAUAGAGUCGGAACCUUCACCCUCAGUGAUUUGGCAGGAUGAAAAUGGAGCUUUGCGAUAUGACCAAAAAUACGCAAUCACUGACAAACAUCAAUUAGUUAUACUGUCCGCUUCGCAGGAAGAUGAACGAGCCUAUAGGGUAAGAGCCAUAAAUACUCAACUAGGUAAAGAAGAAAACAGCCCUUACAUUACUUUAAACAUCUUUGGAGAUGACACUAGGGAUGUCCCUCCUGAAAUCAUUAUAAAACCACAGAACACUAAAAUAACGAAAGGUCAAGAAUAUACUAACUUAUAUUGCGUAGCUAACGCCAAGCCCCUUCAUGAGCUAGAAACUUUGUGGUUUAAAGAUGGAGUUAUGAUUGAUUUAGCCGGAAUCACCUUUGAUUUAAAUGACCAAUGGAAUAGAACGCUUAGUCUUAUAUCUGCUAAUUUGACUCACACUGGCCAGUACACGUGCCAAGCGCGACUAAAGUCUGGAGGAUUUGCCACUGUAUCAGCCUCGGCAACUGUUACAGUAUACGAAAAACCUGUUUUCUUAACAAAUUUAAAAUCCGAGACUUUUGGAGAAUUUGGUAGCACAAUAACAUUGGAAUGCAAUGUUCAAGGCAUUCCUAUACCGGGCAUAACUUGGUAUAAAGAUGCUAAGAAGAUAGCAAGUGUAGGCGCUGAAGCUGGCGAUACUGAUAAUAGUGAUGUUGAUGAUGGAGGUGGCAGAUAUAGGGUACAACUUGAUCGAUCUCUCAUUAUCAAAGACCUGAGAAUGGAAGACAUGGGAAUAUACCAGUGUGUUGCCAACAACGAAGCAGGAGAAUCAUCUAUUUAUACAUGGUUAAAAAUUAAAACAAAGGAAACUAGACGACUUCCACGCAGUCACAUGAAAUUAAUAAGAAUGAGGACUACAGAUAAAAAAGCAAAAACAUUCAAAUUUGAUACAGGCACGUCCCCGCCAGUAAUGCAGAGCCCCCCAGCCAAUCUGACUGUACUCGAUGGAAAGGACGCCACUAUCGCCUGUAGGGCCAUCGGCGCACCGACUCCCAACGUCACCUGGUACUUUAAUGAUUCACUUAUUAUAAACUUAUCGGGUAGACUACAAACAUUGGACGAAGGAGACCUAUUAAUUACAGGGACUACAAUAGUCGACAGCGGAAAAUAUACUUGCCUUCGGUCUAACGACGCCGGUAACGUUUCUGGAGAAGCUUACCUCACGGUUCUAGUAAGAACACAAAUAAUAGCUCCGCCGGUUGACACGCGGGUUUUACUGGGUCAUACAGCAACGUUACAAUGCAAGGUUUCAAAUGACCCGAACGUUAAAUACAAUAUCGAUUGGUUUCACAACAAACAACCCAUGACGGUCGGAUCGCGGGUAUGGGUUGCGGCAGAUGGUGCGCUCCAAGUUCAGGCUGUACGCGCCAGUGACGCGGGCGAGUACACUUGUAUCGUGACGUCACCGGGCGGUAACCACACACGUCACGCUGUCCUGUCUGUCAUCGAGCUUCCGUUUGCUCCCACCAAUGCUCGCGCUACUAAACUCGAAGAAGCUUCACAAAGAGCCGUUAACAUCUCAUGGACACCGGGCUUCGAUGGAAACUCACCUAUUCAGAAAUUCAUAAUCCAAAAACGAAUUGUACCCGAAUUUGGUCCUACGCCGGAUCCGCUAUUGAAUUGGGUAACAGAGCCACUGAAUGUGUCUGCAAAUCUGCGCUGGGUUCUAUUGACCAAUCUGAAAGCAGCUACAUCGUACCAGUUUCGAGUGUCAGCAGUAAACACUGUCGGAGAAGGACCUGCCUCCGACGCUACCGACGUUCUAACACUGCCCCAAGAAGCACCUUCAGGUCCGCCAGUGGGUUUUAUGGGAUCAGCACGAUCCUCAUCCGAGAUAAUAACGCAAUGGCAACCACCACUCGAAGAGCACCGUAAUGGGCACAUACUGGGGUACGUAAUCAGAUACAGACUCCGCGGCUACGAUAACAGCCCAUGGACCUACCAGAAUAUUACAAAUGAAGCACAAAGAAACUAUCUAAUACAAGACCUGAUCACGUGGAAGGACUACAAUGUGCAAAUCGCAGCGUACAACGAUAAAGGCGUAGGAGUCUUUUCAGACAGCUAUACUAUUAAGACCAAAGAAGGAAUUCCCGAAGCCCCUCCAGAUAAUAUCCGGUGCGAUCCCUUUAACUCAACUGCUAUAACUGUCUGGUGGACACCACCUAACCCUCAGAAAAUCAACGGCAUCAAUCAGGGUUAUAAAAUUCAAGCAUGGCGCUGGAAUGAGGACGAAAAUAUUGAUGAAGAACAGAAGCUUGUAAGCAUUCCUCCAAAUCUACUGGAUCCUCUUACCGAACAGUCCGCUAUCAUAAGUGGCCUAGAAAAGUUCGCUAACUACAAUAUAUCGGUACUAUGUUUCACUGAGCCAGGCGAUGGACCCCGUACUGAUUUCGUUUUAGUCAGAACCAAAGAAGACAUACCCGAUGAAGUGGGCAGUCUACAAUUCGAUGACAUAUCAGAUCGAGCAGUUCGCGUCGCAUGGAGCCCACCAAAAAAAUCAAAUGGAAUUCUAAUUGGUUAUAAACUGACUUAUCAAAUAAUAGAUGACGAGAAUUCUUUUAGAGAAGAGGUUCUACCGCCUAAUGUCACCAGUAUAAAAAUCGAACACUUACAGGCCAGUACGCACUACAGACUAUCGCUGCGUGCGCUGACUGCUGUGGGCGAAGGCGCUGCACGCACGGCCACCAUCCAGUCGGGCGUGGAGCCAGUGCUGCCUCACGCACCACGGAACCUCGCGCUCUCCAAUAUUGAGGCGUUUUCGGUGCUGCUGCAGUUCACGCCUGGCUUUGACGGCAACUCAUCUAUAUCGUUAUGGACUGUUCAGGCGCAAACAGCCCGCAAUUCAUCAUGGGUGACGAUAUACGAGGUGAACGCACCAGACGUGCAGUCGAUCCUGGUGAGUGGACUGGUGCCGUUCACUACAUACCGUCUUCGGCUGAUCGCGACGAACGUUGUGGGUUCGUCGCAGCCGUCCGAGCCGUGCAAAGAGUUCCAGACUAUCCAGGCGCCGCCCGCACACCCGCCGCGUAACGUCACCGUGCGCGCCGUCAGCGCCCACAAUCUGCGCGUCCGCUGGAUCCCACUGCAACAAAGUGAAUGGUAUGGUAAUCCAAAAGGUUAUAAUAUCACAUACAAACGGAGUGGUACCAAUGAAACAUUAUUUAUCAUCAUCGACGAUCACACUGCCAACUCGCACGUUCUCUCAGAGCUCGAGGAGUGGUCCUUGUACGAAAUUCAAAUGACGGCUAUUAACGAGGUCGGCACGUCAGCAGAGAGUCCUAUAGCUACAGAAAGAACGAGAGAAGCUGUGCCAUCCAGUGGUCCCAUAGAUGUGUCAGCAAAUGCCACAUCAUCCACAACUGUUGUAGUCCUUUGGGGUGACAUACCAGUACAAGAUCAAAAUGGUUUAAUUGAGGGUUACAAAGUGUGCUAUGCAGCGAUUGUCCCUCCACCACGACCUGAGCAGCAGAAGGUAGAAUGCCAAGCUAUACCUUCUAAUCAAACGCACACCGUAACAUUGACGGAACUUAGAAAAUAUGUUGUUUAUCAAAUACAAGUAUUAGGAUAUACAAGAUUGGGAGAGGGUGCAUUGAGUGAUCCGCCUGUCACCGUAAGGACUUUUGACGAUACUCCUGGGCCACCGUCAAACGUAUCAUUCCCUGACGUGACGUUUACAACUGCUCGUAUAAUUUGGGAUGUACCUGAAGACCCCAAUGGCGAAAUAUUAGCAUAUAAAGUGACGUAUCACCUCAAUAAUACAUCUCAGCACACAUUCUCUAGAGAGUUCCUGCCGUCGGAUCGAACAUUCCGGGCGACGGAGCUGUCGUCGGAGCGAUAUUACCAGUUCGCUGUGCGAGCACGAACGCGGCUGGGGUGGGGCGCGACUGCACGCGUGUUGGUGCUGACGACGGCGAACCGCGCCGCGCCCGCCCCUCCUGCGAGGCCCCACGUCGCACGAUCGCUGCUGCAGCCGCACCACAUCACCUUCUCCUGGACACCCGGCGACGACGGAUACGCGCCGCUCAGAUAUUACACUGUACAACAAAAAGAAGAAGGAGGAACAUGGCAAACGAUUCCGGAACGAGUAGACCCUUUUGCAACUUCGUACACGGCCGAGGGUCUCAAACCAUAUACUGCCUAUCAGUUUAGGAUAAGAGCAACGAACGACAUCGGACCUAGCCGUUUCAGCAAUGCCACUGAAACCAUUCGUACUCUUCCCGCCGCUCCCAGCAAAGCGGUGGAGAACCUGCACGUGGUGCCGAUAACGCCGAGCAGCGUGCGCGUGCAGUGGAGCCCGCUGGGCGAGCCGCACUGGAGCGGCGACGCGCGCACCGGCGGCUACCGCGUGCUCUACCAGCCGCUCACAGACUUCGUGCCCGCGCUGCACCACACCAUGAAGGUGGACGUGCCCGGCAUCAAGAGCGAGGAGGUGGUGCUGACGGAGCUGGCGGUGGACCGCAACUACGAGAUCAGCGUGUGCGCGCUGAACUCGCAGGGCGGCGGGCCCGCGGGCACGCCGGCCGUGGUGUGGGUGGGCGAGGCCGUGCCCACCGCGCCGCCGGGCCACGUGCGCGCCGCCGCGCUCUCGCCCACCGAGGUCGCGCUCUCCUGGCAGCCGCCGCUCGCCGCGCACCAGAACGGAGACCUGCUCGGGUACAAGAUAUUCUAUCUGAUGACGGAUUCGCCUGAAGAACCGGAACCCGGUAGGCGAGUUGAGGAAGAAACUGAAGUAGUCCCAGCGACAGCUACGUCACAUUCACUAGUUUUUCUCGACAAAUACACGCAAUACCGUAUUCAGGUACUUGCAUUUAAUCCUGCUGGAGAUGGUCCUCGAUCAAGUGCAAUCUCAGUACGUACUCACCAGGGCCUGCCGUCGGCACCACGCAACAUCACCUUCAACGACAUAACGAUGAAUAGUCUGGUCGUGUCUUGGGAGGCGCCACAACGACGCAACGGACUGAUACAGGCAUAUCUCGUCACAUAUGAAACGAUAGAACAAGACGAACGGUUCAGCAAGCAAGUGAAACAGAAGGUUACGGAGCGGCGGCUGGCCGUGGGCGGCCUGGAGGAGGAAGAGGAGUACACGUUCAGCGUGCGCGCCGCCACCGACGGCGCCGGCGCGGGCGCGCCCGCAGUCGCGCGCGUGCGCACCGGCCCGCAGGCCGGGUCGCCGUCCGCGCCGCGCCGGCUGCGGCUGGCGCCCGACCCCGCGGCGCUGCACCUCCGCUGGGAGAACGCCGCCUCCGGAAGGGGCCCGCUGCUCGGGUACUACAUCGAGGCCAGGAAGAAGGACGACACAAGGUGGGAAACAAUAACGCGCACUAGCAACGGCAUGUUGGAAGAAUUUACGAUAUCAUACCAGAGUCUUUUACCGUCAACAACUUACUCGUUCCGAGUGAUCGCAUACAACACGUACGGUAUCAGCAACCCAACAUACAGCGACAAGGUGAUCGUGACGCCAUCGAAAUUGUACUUAGAGUACGGCUACCUGCAGUACCGCCCCUUCUACCGACGUACCUGGUUCAUGGUUGCGCUAGCUGCGGCAUCCAUCAUCAUUAUAAUUAUGGUGAUAGCCAUUUUAUGCGUAAAAAGCAAGAGUUAUAAAUACAAAAAAGAAGCACAGAAAACCCUAGAAGAAUCGCUCGCGGGCGAGACCGACGAGCGGGGCUCGCUGGCGAUGGAUCUGUACCGAUCGCGGCAGAACUCGAUGGCCAGCACGGGCGCGCUGGGCGGCGGCGGCGGCGGAGCCACCCUGCGGCGUGGCAAGGCAGCCGCCACGCUCGCCAAGUCCCCGCCGCGCCCCUCGCCCGCAUCCGUCGCCUACCACAGCGACGAGGAGAGCCUGCGCGGCUACGACGAGAACCCCGACGACUCCUCGCUCACAGAGAAGCCCUCCGAGAUGAGCUCCUCCGACUCCCAGAAUUCGGAAAGCGAAAAUGAGAGCGUGAAAUCAGAGCCACACUCUUUUGUAAAUCAUUACGCAAACGUAAAUGACACACUGCGACAGUCAUGGAAGCGACAGCGGCCGUUCCGGCAGUACUCGAGCUACACAGACUCUGAACCUGAGGGCAGCGCCGUGGUGAGCCUCAACGGCGGCCAGAUCGUAAUGAACAAUAUGGCGCGUUCGCGGGCGCCUCUUCCUGGAUUCUCCUCGUUCGUAUGACACGAGCCCUCCGCCGCGCCCGCGCGACUUAUACUCCAUAUGUAAUUCUCAUUGCCCUUUCUUCUAUUUAUUUCGAAUGUACAUAUCACUUGACAAGCUUUACGAUUACGUAAAAUAUUAAGCUAGUUAUAAAUUAAUAAUAUACAUACAUCUAUAAUUAAAUAACGUAGUUAAUCGUGUUUAGUUUUCAGAGUAACAGUUGAUGUAAGCGUUACUAUGACCAAUGUUAUUAGCUUCACGUUUUCAAAUUUCAGAUCUCGUUAAUUAUUUAUAUUAAGACAUACUGUUAAGAUAGUUCUCAUAGCAACUCUUAUGCAUAGUAUAAGAUUAGUAUACUAUAAAUUAAAUUAGUGUUUUACCAAAACAAAUUCAAUAAUAAUAUAAAUAUAUAAUAUUAUUUGUUUGUAAUAAUUAAAAAAUGCGCUUAUUUUACUUAGUACUUACAAUGCGCAUAAUCAAUAUUCAUUAUCAUUAUUUUUUAUAUUUAAAUAACAUUGAUCAGUACCCCCUUAUUCUUACAAGGUAUAGGUGCCACUUUCAAACGAAGUAAAUAACUCCUAAGAAAAGGUGUAAGAACAGUUGAGUAGCUUUUAUGUUUCAUGAAUAAGGGGGCAAGUGUUUGACUUGUUUUUUUAGUCUUCGAUCAUUAGUUUAAAGCUAGUGUUAUUACAAUUUUUGACGUUUUAUUGUUAAAAUAUACAAUUGACUGAUAGUUAUAGUAAAAAUCCGAUUUAUAGAUGUAAAUAGAUUUAACAAUUACUACAAUGCGGACACAUGCCUUUAUAUCAUAAAUUUGGCACAAUAUAUAUAAAAUUAAACUGUGAUUGAUCGUAUUAUGCUCUAAUAUUACGAUAAUUAUGAAUUAUUACUAUAAGAAUCAAAAUAUUAAUACACCGAUUGUGUGUUCUUUUCUCACUUAGAGCAAUUGAAGGCGUUAUCGAUGCAAUGGGAUCUGCAGUUCUUUGGGAUGAGGACAACUACGUUCAAAUCAAAUCAAUCAAAUCGAAAUCUCUUUAUUUAUGUAGGUAGACCUACAGACUCUUAUGAUAUGUCAAAUUUACCAUUAGUUCCGAGUGCCUUCGAGCUAAGAAGAACUGCCAAGAAACUCCGCUCCUUUCUUUUCAAAUGAGCUUGUACCUGUUUCAAAUAAUUGUUUUUGUUUUUUUUUUAAUUGAUAAAAUGAAGUCAGAUAAGACAUCAGAGAUUAUGGAAAUUUUAAUCAUGCAUGAUUUAUAUAUAUAAGGCAUUCAGAUAAAAUAACAAUCCCAUAAGAGGCAACAACUGCGAUAAAUUAUUUUUAUAAUUCUGUCAGUCAUACAUAUGUUGCAUGUAGAUACUGGCCGGAAUUACGCUAGAUACGAACGCAAAAAAUUCAAUAGCGCCUUCUAUUGUGAAUACUGGGAAAUUUCAUCGUAAUUAACAAAUUCUCUUUCAUUUGCAUUGUAAUGCAAUAUUUGCAUUUACAAUAAUUAUAGCACUAUUGUUAAUAAUAGAAUAUUAUGCCUUUAACUAUAGAGGUGAUUGGUUUAUAGAUUUCGUAGGUGUUACCUAUUCUACAUAUGUACGUUCUACUAUGUUGAACAUGAUGCAACACCUGAAAUAUUAAUACUUUUUACUAUAAGCUAAUAGAAUUUAAUGAAAUUUAAUGUAAUAGUUAUAAAUGAUAUCUUCUCAUAUCAUUCAUUUUCUUUUGAUCUUCAUAAUUUGGUUUUAAUUUAACUGCAUACUGGGGUGACACCAUGCUAUAACGUACAUUGUAUAAAAACUUAUAAUGGUACAUAAGUAUAAACUCACCAAGUACUAGUGCCAUUGAAAUGUUAAACCAAAUGAAUCAGUCAUUAACAUUUUUACACAAAUUUAUCUUCUUUACAAGCUGCUUUAUAGCUUUUAUGUGUAAAUAGAUUCCGUUUGCUUUUUUAUGUUUGCCAUAUUUAGGCAUAUCUUUUAUCAAAAUAACUGAAAAAAGUUAUGAAAUAUUUAUUUAUAGCAUAAAAACAUUUAUGAUUUUCAAUAUUUUAUUAAUAUUUUUAAUUUUUGUCUUUUAUGAAAAAUUCCAAUUUGAUAUAUUCUAUAACAUCAAUGGAAGGUAUGCCAAAAUUGUUUACUGAAUACGUAUGACAAGUGUACAUUAAGUUAAAAACUAUUAUUAUACUUGAAACUUUGAACCAAGAAAUUACGCAGGCGUCAUUUGAUUUGGUUCCCUGAAUUAUUAGACAUUUUAUAUAGUAAUAAUACCUAUUAGAAACAAUUAGAUUCUUCUUGAAUUUAGAUAUUAAAUUAAGGCGAGAUAAAUGUAGAUGAGUAUAUUUACCAGGAAUAAAAGAUUAAUUGCACCAACUUAAUAAUUGACAUUCCAAUUUAUAGAUAUUAUUAUACAUGUAUAUUGACAUGGGUGUAGCCAGCCAUGGGCUCAGGGUGAGGUAACCCUGAUUUCAUACAAAAUGGUUACACCCUAUAGCACCCUGUAACUUUGUUAUUUUUGUGUCAACUGUCGGGUAUGAACUUUCUUACGCAUAUUAAGUAUCGUAUAAGUACUUAGAUAAUAUUUU